ACAUUUCACUGUGGAUUCAGGUUUUCAGCAGCAAGCUGACUGUAAGUUCAGCCAGCAGCUUGGUCUAAAGGUCACAGCUGAUCACAUCAACAUGUUGGAGCUUGUUUUUCAAUCCUCCACUUCAGUCUGGCUGUUCAGCGUUUUUAUUGUUCUGCUGGUUCUCAACCUGUUCCACAGCUCCCCCAAAGAAAGAGAACCUCCAGGACCCAGAGGCCUUCCUCUGAUCGGUAACCUGUUUCAGGUGGAUCUGAAGAGACUCGACCAAAACCUGUUUAAUCUGUCGAAAGAAUAUGGGCCAGUUUUCCAAGUGUCCUUUGGACCAAAGAAGGUGGUGGUCCUGGCCGGGUACAGGACAGUCAAACAGGCUCUGGUCAACCAUGCUGAGGAAUUUGGAAGCAGGGAGAUUAAUCCAAUUUUUCAUAUUUUCAACCAGGGACACGGUAUUCUGUUUUCUAACGGAGACUCGUGGAAGGAAAUGAGGCGUUUUGCUCUGACCACACUGAAGGACUUUGGAAUGGGCAGGAAGAUGAGUGAAGAGAUAAUUAUAGAGGAAUGUCGCUACCUCAUCCAAGAGUUUGAGCUUUUUAAAGGUACAGCCUUCAAAAACACCCAGGCUAUCAGCUAUGCUGUUUCAAACGUGAUCUCUGCUCUGAUGUUUGGGAAGAGAUUUGAUUACAAAGAUCCCGUCCUCCAAGCUAUGGUGGAAAGAGAUAACGAGACCAUUCAUCUGACAGGAUCUGCGUCAAUCCAGAUUUACAACUUUAUUCCUUGGCUGGGUCCUUUUCUGAAGAACUGGAGGGAUAUUGUUAAGAAUGUGGAGGAUGGUAAAGCAGAUGUAAGGAAGAAAAUAGCAGAACUGAAGGAGACUCUGGACCCUGAGCUCUGCAGAUGCUUCAUUGAUGCUUUUCUACUUCAUAGAGAACAUCUAGAGGAUUCUGACACAAGCAGCUCAUACUACCAUGACGAAAACCUGCUGUACAGUGUGGCAAAUCUGUUUGCAGCUGGAACUGAUACCACAGCUACUACUCUGAAGUGGUGUCUCCUUUACAUGGCCAAGUUUCCUCAGGUUCAGGAUCGGGUCCAGGAGGAGCUGAGCAGGGUGGUUGGAAACCGGCAAGUUCAAACAGAGGACAGGAAGAACUUGCCGUACACUGAUGCUGUCAUCCACGAGUCACACAGAAUGGCUAACAUCGCCCCCAUCGCCAUUCCUCACACCGCAAGCAAAGAUGUUUCCUUUCAAGGUUAUUUCAUCAAAAAGGGAACAACAGUUUUCCCUCUUCUCACGUCUGUCCUGUAUGAUGAGAGUGAAUGGGAGAGCCCCCACAGCUUUAACCCUUCUCAUUUCCUGGAUGAAGAGGGUAAAUUCGUCAGGAGAGAUGCCUUCAUGCCAUUUUCUGCAGGUCGCAGGGCGUGUCUUGGGGAAAGUUUGGCUAGAAUGGAGAUCUUCCUCUUCCUCACAUCUCUUCUUCAGCAUUUCCGCUUCACUCCCUCACCUGGAGUGUCAGUAGAUGACUUGGAUCUGGAACCACUUGUGGGCUUCACUCUGGCUCCUAAACCUCAGAAGCUGUGUGCUGUCCUUCGCCUCUGAGGAACGGAAUCAGACUGCUUGACUGGUUCUUGUUACAUCAUGACAGAAAUGUAUAAACAUAAGAAAUGUAGAGAAAAGAUUUACUGAGACAUGGACCAUCUUGAUUAACAAUUUACAACUUCUUCCCAUCUCAGGAACUUCCAUGUUAUCACCCUUUGGUGAUCAUAUACAAAAGUAAUCAUCUGUUUUCUGUCAUUUUAGUCUUUUUGCCUAAUUUGUGCAUGUUGUUGCAAGGGCAUGAAGCGGGGGAAGGAUUUGGGAGUCUGAGAGGAGAGGAAAGAGUGAAUUAGUUUUAUUUAACCAUUACUUAUCCAGAUGAGUCGAUUGAGAACUUAUUCUCAUUUACAACGACCAUCUGGCCAAGAGGCAGCAGCCACAGACACACAGUUAGCUUUACAUCAAAGAAAAACAGGUACGAUAAAACAUACAAGAUAAAAAUAAGAUAAAACUCCUAAAGACAAAGAACUGUUCUCAUAUAUAAUAUGUACAAGCAAUCAAAACAAACUUAAAACAAUCUUUAAGUACUCAGAAGCACAUUGUUCAGAAACUACUGAUUGCAGUGAAUUAUUGAAGGUAGAUAAUGGAAUGUGGGUAGUGAGCUUUAGUGAUUUUUGCAGCUCAUUCCGGUCGUUGGAAGCAGCAAACUGGAAUGAGGAGCGACCAAAGGAGGCACGAGCUUUGGGAAUAACCUAACCCCGGGUUUCCACGGGAGCCGUCAGCAGCACGUCUUGCUCGCGUAAGCUGCUGCUUGGCCCUUCCCACGAGACGCGAAGCAGCAGGGGAGCAGCUGUCACCGACAGAGCACGAAGUCACACGAGUGACUUCGUCAAUAAACACAACAACAAGCAGGAGAAAACUACAACAUGGUUUGUGUUUUAUGUUCUGUCCGUUUUAUAAUCGCCAAUACGGACCUGAAAAACAAAGGAGACCGCUAGCUAGGUGAUAACUUCUCACGGGGCCGCACAGUUAGUAAGCUUUUUUAAAAGUAAAGCAACCGGAAGGCAGUACGUUCUUUAUUCUGAAAAUCUCGAGAGCUUCUCUCCAUUUCCGCGUCCGAUUUCCUGUCUUUCCUUCCCCCAAAAUGUCGAAAUUGACCCGUUUCAGAGGCGUCGCACGUAGAAAAUAGAACCGGCGCGUAAAGGCCGCGACAUGCUGCUCCUGAGACGCGGCCGACUCGUGCUGCUGACGGCUGCCGACGGCUCCAGUGGAAAAGGUUCUGUUGACCACAGCGGUUCCUAUCAGCAGCUAUGACGUGCUGCUGCAGUAACGUGCUGCUGACGGCUCCCGUGGAAAGCCGGGGUUAGAGAUGAAGUUACUGGAACGUAAAUUGUGCUAGUUGUUGGACGUGAUGAGUAAUGAGCAAAGACAUGACGGUGUUCUACCGAUGACUGGUGUGUAUAUAAACUGGUACCACCUGCCGGAAUGGAAUGAUGGCCAGUUAACAAGAUAGCACAGAUCACAAUGAUGAGUAGUGAAAGGGCCACCAGUGACGAAACGGAUUGCUGAGUGAUGAAUGACAUUGAGUUUAUGAAGAAGUUUUUUGGAAGCAGUUGAUCUAUAGAUCAGGGGUCCCCAAUCGUGGUUCUGGAGGGCUGGUAUCCAGCAGGUUUAGUGGUUUUUCUGCUCCAACAGACUUGAUUCAGUGGUUGAAACACCUGUGCAGCAGCUCAUCAGGCUCUGCAGAAGCCUGUUAAUUAGCUGCUGAUUGAAAUCAGGCGUGUUGAAACAGAGUUCAAACUAAAACAUGCAGGAUACCGGCCCUCCAGGACCAGGAUUGGGGACCCACAUUGAGCUGAUAAUGCUGCUGCCCGUCUGUAAACCCAAAUAAAGACAUGGUUAUUGUA